ACUUCCCUCCUCCCUGUCGCCUCCCCUCCUCCUUCUUGCGAGAAACGUUGCCAGUUGGCUAGCAGCUCCGGUGGGGAUCUGCUUGCCCUGGGGGCGCCGCCCGCGCUCCCCGCGGUCCUCUCGCUCCCGGGCUGCGCUAGUCGGAAGCAGUGCCGGCUCCAGUGCCUCUCCGAGUCGCAGAUGCUGCGGGUUCCUCCGGGGGACUAUCUGGGCACCGCGCUCGCCGGGUAAGUUCGGAGCGCUCAGGGACGCGGUGGCGACGCGGCCAAGGAGCCGGCUUUCUCCUCAGUCCGUUGCCUUCCCGACCACCUCUCCUUGCGAGGGAGACAGCUUCGCGAGGCUGCUCGCCAUCCGCGUGAGGCAGCUUGCUGGCGGCCGCCCUCUACCCUCAAUCCCCACUAGGGAUUCCUCACCCCCGGACCAUCCGCGCGGGCGUGGUCGGGCACCGCUCGUCGCGUAGCCUGGUGGCACAGGCGGCCAGGGAGGCCCCACACACCCGGCGUGAGCUAGAAGCCUCCAGUCGGCCUGCACUGUCCAAGCCCCAAGGCGAAGGCACCCCGAGUGCCCGUCGCGGCUGUGGAGCCGCAUGCCGGACACCGCACCAGACGUCUUGCAGGUAGGGGCAGGGAAGGUACGGCGGCGCUGACGGCGGUGCCCGGUGACUGGCGAUCGAGGACUCUCGGAGACUCCUGGUAUUCGGGAAGCGCCCUUCGGAAACAGGAUUCGACCCGGCUUUCGGGCGGUGAGUGUUUAGAGUAGGAGGCUGCGGGCAAGCCGUGCCCCCACUCAGGGCUCCUGGACUCUGCUAAGCCUCCUCGUGGCCUGAUGGACUGCGGGUAGAGAGGUGAGCUGAAAGCCGGCCGGCACCCACUUUGUCCUAUGGAAGCCUUGGCGACCUGAGCCAGGCUUUACUCGGAUACAUAGCCGACGGAGUUCUUGAAGCCUCCCUCUCCUCAGCAAACACGAGAGAGCGUUUUUCUGAUUUUAAUGAUCGCCGUUGCCUCUCUUGGGGUUCCAGUUCACCCCAACCUUUGGCCUUAAAAGCCCGCUUUCCUUAGCGGGGUACUGCGGCAGUUCUUCAGAAUGAACUGGACCAAAUGAAACUUACUUAAAGUGGUUAUCCCGUUUCAGGCUGAUUUGUUCCUAGUAACUCUGUUUUGGAAAGCGGCUGCGAACUCUCAGGGACAGGAAGGAAGGAGACCCCCUCAGGGUCCCGGUGUCGAUCCCCACAGUUAGAUUACCAAUGAAUUUCCUUGAUUCGGUAGGUCUCAAGAAUUUCAAGAGCCCCCAACCGCCUCCACCUUUAUCUCUGAAUCUCUCUCCUUUCUCUGAAAUUUUUAGCAAAAAUAAUCUGUCCUCAAGGAAUGUUGAAAGCGUCAUCAAUGUCUUGAAAGAAAUUACUGUAUGUGAGAACUAAAACUAGUAUUUGUUGUUUAACUUUCCAAUACAUUUUUUAAAAUAGAAAGCAUACCUUUAACUAAAACACCACCCCCCACUAUUUAAGUUUAAGUAGAUGUUUAAUUCAUAGUAAGCAGUAGUGUGCUUUCUGGAAAGACGAUGGACUGGGACUCAUAAUCCCUGGGUUUUAUUUCUAAUUGUAGUUUCUGGAGUAAGUCAGCACUUUCCCUGGUUGAGAAAUGACUUCAUCUGUAAAAUGAACCUGACUUCUAGGGUCUUCUUCAGCUCUCACACUGGCUUUUACUUUAGUUAGUUAUUAACAUAAUAAAUGUUUAUUGAAUGAAUGACUGAAUGAAUCAAUCUUGUUGCUCUAGGAACUAUGUGCUUUUAAUAUUUGGAAAUCCGUAGAAACAAAUGCCUCCUUUGCUAGGAAAGGUAGUUUAAUUCUGCUCCCACUGCAUCAGACUGCUUCCAUCUAAUGAUGCAAUUGCAAUCCAGAGUGGGAGGCCAUCCGCAGGGCUAUCCCUCCGCUUUAGAACUCAUCUCAAGUUUGCCAUAUGGUAUAGACAAGGAAAAUUUGAGUCCCCAGAAGGCAAGUAUUUUGCUAAAGGCCAAACAAGAUUUAGAGGGUAAGGGAACUGCUGAUGCCUGGUCCAAAGCUUUUCUUGGAAGAAGAAGGAAGAGAAAGGGAGAAAGCCCAAGAAAAUAAUGCACAAUGCACGGUAGAUCACGGAGCUACAGGUUGCCGUAGUGCCUAAGUUUAUAAACUACCCCGGCUCUUCCUGAAGAGGAAGAAGCUUGUAUAAAGUGAACAAUCCUAGGACCUAGGCUUGACAAGGAAGGAGAAGGGGAGGAUCAGGGGGCAGGGGGCGUUCUGUUCUCAAGUGGUUUGUUAUAUCUGUGUGUUUGUCUAUUUCACAUUUGGCCAAGAAGUGGGAACCUGGGAAAGCAAGCUGAAGUGUUUGGUGGGCACAAACACAGGCACAUCAUUGACACAAUUCUUUUUCCCAGGUUAUUUCAUUCCCUGCUUUUCCGGAUCCAUUUCCCUCUUCCUGCCAGAGGCAACUCAAGGCCUUUCGAGGCAACAGCAGACAUGAUUUACCCCUUGUCAAUUGCCUCCACAAUGAAAGACUCUUGGGUCCAAGGAACUGUAAGAUAGUUAAGGAGAAAACAGAUAAUGAAGGGAAAAAUCCAACACUUAGCUGUUAGCAAUGCUCUGAAAACGUUAUUUCAACCCGAUUUGGAUGUCAGAGCUGGGAGGGCCCACAUAGUCUCCCUACCCCCCUUUUGCAGAUGGAGACAGGAAGAUCCAGGAGCCAGUGACACAUCUAGCAACAGAGCCAGAUGAGAACCCAGGCAAGAAGCGCACGUUUAAACCUCAUUAUCUGGCUAAGUAUAAACCUCAGGGAGAAAUCGGUUUUGUUUUUGUUUUUCUGUCUGUAAGCUAACGUUGAGCUGACUUUCAGAGUCCAGGCAAAUAUCUGUUUGGUGGGUCACCGCCCAGAAAGGAAUUCUCCUAAGCACUGAAUCAAGGCUCUGUAUGUAAAGCAUAAAUCCCCUAAGAGAACUCCUCGCCCUCCUACACAGACACACUGGUGCAUGCACAUACACCCCACUCUCUGCACAGAGAGCAUCUGAGCUAGGAGCUGGCAAGUGGGGCAUCAGUCCUGUAGCAAAGAGGCAUACCACAUGCGGGCGGGCGCGCGCGCGCACACACACACACACACACAGACACACACACACACAGACACACACUCUUACACGGUUCUCCCUUGCUUGGGAAUCUGGGGUAAGAACCCCGCGCCCCCACCCCUGCCCUCCAUAGGUAUUGUGUAGGUGAGAGAAAGAGGGAGGAGUCAAAGAGAACACAGAGAGGGGCGGGAGGAGGUGCUAGCCUAAGAGCAGGGUCCUUCCUUGAGAAACACCUCUGCAGGAGCGUCUCCUGCCACCAGCCAGGUUGGAGGUGGAGUAGUUCAGAAUCAACUGACGCAGCCAGGAAUUGAGCUUUGCAAAACCACUUGCAAGGAAGGGAAGCAUCUGCCCAACCCUCCCCCACCGCGCGCCCUGGAUCCUCUGCCUGCCCCCUCCCCUGUGACGUCACCCUAGUCCUGUCCCAGCGAGCCUGCAAAGCCUCUCAAAUUCAAACUGCUAGACGCACUGCUGCCGCCGCCACCGGAUUGGAAACGCGCGCCCAGGCUCCGCCGUCGCCUUCGCCCGGCGACCGGGCCAGCCGGCUCUGCGACCUCCCUACAGAAUUGCACCCCAGGCCCUCCCUGACAGUUCGGCUUCCCUCUGCUCCAACUCCCUCCGCUCCAACUCUCCUCUUCCGUUCCUGCCUCCUGUCGGAUUUUUAAUUUCUGCACACCCCCAGUCAAAUUAAAUCAACCAACAAAAAGCAGAACAUCCCCCCUGGAAGCAGCGUCUUAUUGUACCUUGUUCUCCCUCUUCCUGAAGAUGCUAAACUCCUGGUGGACUGCAGAGGAGCGGGGCUCUGUCUUCUCCUGAUGUCGAUUGCGAUUUCUGCUGGAAGCCCAAGACGGGCGAGCCGCCUGAGAUCUCUUCGAGAUACCCAAGGGGAGGAGGAGAUGGGCAGGAUUUAGUAGGACAACUCGGUUACUAAUGACUUGGCGGCUGGCUGCGACCCCCCGGGAAAUCAGGUGCAAGCAUGUUUGCCUGUAGGUACCUGAGUUGACACCGAAGGUGCCUAAAGAUGCUGAGCGGCGUUUGGUUCCUCAGUGUGUUAACCGUGGCCGGGAUCUUACAGACGGAGAGUCGCAAAACUGCCAAAGACAUUUGCAAGAUCCGCUGUCUGUGCGAAGAGAAGGAAAACGUACUGAAUAUUAACUGUGAAAACAAAGGAUUUACAACAGUUAGCCUGCUCCAGCCCCCCCAGUAUAGAAUCUAUCAGCUUUUUCUCAAUGGAAACCUCUUGACAAGACUGUAUCCAAACGAAUUUGUCAAUUACUCCAACGCAGUGACUCUUCACCUAGGUAACAACGGGUUACAGGAGAUCCGAACGGGGGCAUUCAGUGGCCUGAAAACCCUCAAGAGACUGCAUCUUAACAACAACAAGCUCGAGAUAUUGAGGGAGGACACUUUCCUGGGCCUGGAGAGCCUGGAGUAUCUCCAGGCCGACUACAAUUACAUCAGUGCCAUCGAGGCUGGGGCAUUCAGCAAACUUAACAAGCUCAAAGUGCUCAUCCUGAAUGACAACCUUCUGCUUUCACUGCCCAGCAAUGUGUUCCGUUUUGUCCUGCUGACCCACUUAGACCUCAGGGGGAAUAGGCUAAAAGUAAUGCCUUUUGCUGGCGUCCUUGAACAUAUUGGAGGGAUCAUGGAGAUUCAGCUGGAGGAAAACCCCUGGAAUUGCACCUGUGACUUACUUCCUCUCAAGGCUUGGCUAGACACCAUAACUGUGUUUGUGGGGGAGAUCGUCUGCGAAACGCCCUUUAGGUUGCAUGGGAAAGAUGUGACCCAGCUGACCAGGCAAGACCUCUGUCCCAGAAAAAGUGCCAGUGAUUCCAGUCAGAGGGGCAGCCAUGCCGACACACACGUCCAAAGGCUGUCACCUACAAUGAAUCCUGCCCUCAGCCCAACCAGGGCUCCCAAAGCCAGCCGGCCACCCAAAAUGCGAAAUCGUCCAACUCCCCGGGUGACUGUGUCAAAGGACAGGCAAAGUUUCGGACCCAUUAUGGUGUACCAGACCAAGCCUCCUGUGCCUCUCACAUGUCCCAGCAGCUGUGUCUGCACUUCUCAGAGCUCAGACAAUGGUCUGAAUGUAAACUGCCAAGAAAGGAAGUUCACUAAUAUCUCUGACCUGCAGCCCAAACCUACCAGUCCAAAGAAACUUUACCUAACAGGGAACUAUCUUCAAACUGUCUAUAAGAAUGACCUCUUAGAAUACGGUUCUUUGGACUUACUGCAUUUAGGAAACAACCGGAUUGCAGUCAUUCAGGAAGGUGCCUUUACAAACCUGACCAGUUUACGCAGACUUUAUCUGAAUGGCAAUUACCUUGAAGUGCUGUAUCCUUCUAUGUUUGAUGGACUGCAGAGCUUGCAAUAUCUCUAUUUAGAGUAUAAUGUCAUUAAGGAAAUUAAGCCUCUGACAUUUGAUGCUUUGAUUAACCUACAGCUACUGUUUCUGAAUAACAACCUUCUUCGGUCCUUACCUGAUAACAUCUUUGGGGGUACGGCCCUCACCAGGCUGAAUCUGAGAAACAACCAUUUUUCUCACCUGCCUGUGAAAGGGGUCUUAGAUCAACUGCCGGCUUUCAUCCAGAUAGAUCUGCAAGAGAACCCAUGGGACUGUACCUGUGACAUCAUGGGGUUAAAAGACUGGACAGAACAUGCCAAUUCUCCUGUCAUCAUCAAUGAGGUGACUUGUGAAUCUCCUGCUAAGCAUGCAGGGGAGAUACUAAAAUUUCUGGGGAGGGAGGCUAUCUGUCCGGAGAGUCCAAACUUGUCAGAUGGGACCAUUUUGUCAAUGAAUCACAAUACAGACACACCUCGCUCACUUAGUGUGUCUCCUAGUUCCUAUCCUGAACUACACACCGAAGUCCCACUUUCUGUCUUAAUUUUGGGAUUGCUUGUUGUUUUCAUCUUAUCUGUCUGUUUUGGGGCUGGCUUAUUCGUCUUUGUCUUGAAACGUCGAAAGGGAGUGCCAAGUGUUCCCAGGAAUACCAACAACUUAGACGCAAGUUCCUUUCAAUUACAGUAUGGGUCUUACAACACUGAGACUCACGAUAAAACAGACGGCCAUGUCUACAACUAUAUCACCCCACCUGUGGGUCAGAUGUGCCAAAACCCCAUCUACAUGCAGAAGGAAGGAGACCCAGUAGCUUAUUACCGAAACCUGCAAGAGUUCAGCUAUAGCAACCUGGAGGAGAAAAAAGAAGAGCCAGCCACAUCUGCUUACACAAUAAGUGCCACUGAGCUGCUAGAAAAGCAGGCCACACCAAGAGAGCCUGAGCUGCUGUAUCAAAAUAUUGCUGAGCGAGUCAAGGAACUCCCCAGCGCAGGCCUAGUCCACUAUAACUUUUGUACCUUACCUAAACGGCAGUUUGCCCCUUCCUAUGAAUCUCGACGCCAAAACCAAGACAGAAUCAAUAAAACCGUUUUAUAUGGAACUCCCAGGAAAUGCUUUGUGGGGCAGUCAAAACCCAACCACCCUUUACUGCAAGCUAAGCCGCAGUCAGAACCGGACUACCUCGAAGUUCUGGAGAAACAAACUGCAAUCAGUCAGCUGUGAAGGGAAAUCAUUUCCAACCCUAAGGCAUCACAGGAUGCUACUCCAAACUGCUGGAAACAAGGACAUUAGCUUUUGUGUUUGUUUGUGUUCUCCCUUUCCCAGUGUAAAUGGGGGACUUUGAAGAUGUUUGGGAGAUGGGGUGAAGUAAUGAUAUUGCUUUUGCAAGUUUUCCUUUAAAUUAUUUCUCUCUCGUUCUCCUCCCCUCCUUUUUUUUCCCCCUUCUCUUCUUAGGAACGAUCAGUGGACCUGAAUGUUUCUGUAAUGCAUUUAUUCAUAUAUUUUGUUUAUGGUUUUGUUUCUUUUUUCUUCUUUGUUUUUCAGUGUGGGAGUGGGAAGAGGAGAUUAUAGUGACUGAAGAAAGAAUAGGCAAACUUUGCAAAUGAAAAUGGUUAUUUAGUGUAUUUUGUAGAAGAUCUCCAAAGAUCUUUUGUGACUACAACUUCUUUUGUAAAUAAUGAUAUACGGCAUUUCCAUCUUCAGUUACCAAGUAUAGCCACUGGGCCUCACUACUUUGUGUUAAAGUGCCUUCGCACUUUAAGUACAUUACUUAAAUGUUGCUUUUAGCUUUGAUAAAUUGAAACUAUUUUAAUGUGUUGUAUUUUUGAAAUUGAAAACACUGUAAAAUAGAUCGACGUGUCAGCUAUAUUAAGUCAACGUGCAGUUUGCUUGAGUUAUAGAAACCAGCCUGUCAACAAAUGAUUCUAGUUCUAGGACUUUGUAGGCUUAACUUUACGAUAUUUCCUUUCCUCUGGGUUUGUUUUAAGUGAUUUUAUUUAAGUCAACUAAGGGGAUUUAACAGUGGACUAGAGGUAAUAAACCACCUCAGUCAGGAUUAAUAAUUCAUUAAUAAAAUAUAUUUAACCCAA